CUAGUCAAAAAAAACCUGAGCCAUUGCUCUUUUUGUUGUCAUACACUUUGCUUUCAUCUGAGUGAACGGCAAGAAACCUCAUCAGAUUAAAAUCCAGAGCCACCGUCAUUCUUCUUCUCAGCAAUCUUUGUCCCACUUCAGCAGCAGAAUCAUAACAACACUACUUGCCCUCUCUUCAGAGAUUAUUAGAAAUGGGAUCUAGAGGGAUCGGUAGCUUAAUCAAAGUGCUCCUACAGAACUUCGAUGUUCUUGCCGGGCCCGUGGUUAGUCUGGUGUAUCCUCUAUAUGCUUCAAUCAGGGCUAUUGAGACCAAGAAUCCUGUGGAUGAUCAGCAAUGGCUUACCUACUGGGUUCUCUACUCUAUGAUAACAAUUUUUGAACUUACGUUUGCGAAAGUUCUUGAGUGGUUUGCAAUAUGGCCAUAUGUGAAACUGAUUGCUACAUGCUGGUUGGUCGUACCUUACUUUAGUGGAGCUGCAUAUGUGUAUGAGCACUAUGUUAGGCCAUACAUUGUUAAAGGAGAAGUUAACAUCUGGUACGUGCCACGAAAGAAGGAUGGUUUCAAUAAACGUGAUGAUAUUUUAACGGCAGCUGAGAAAUACAUUCAAGAACAUGGAAGUGGAGCAUUUGAAGAUAUAAUACACAGGGCUGAAGGAGGCCCUAAAUUCAGGAACACCAAUUAUGUGUUUGAUGAUGAAGGCUACAGAUACUGAGCCUUAUAUGUGGAAUUGUGUGAGCAUUUGCUUUGGCGCCUUGAGAGGGAAACAUGUAUAGUUUUGCAAAAAGAAAGUCAUUGUAACCCAUGGUGUACAAUAUGUUUAGUGACGGUUUCUUUUAAAAGCUUCCGGUCUUGUGAUUACUACUAAUUUACUUUAUUCUGUGAUGCUCUACUUAUCGUUUGGAAAAUUUGUAGGUGCAACUUAGUCUAUACCCCCUCCCCCCAAAACGAUGGUCUAUUUUUUGGUUUCAAAUAUUAAGAAAGUGUAGUGGAAUGUCUUAUACAUUCUUAUUUUAUUGCACUGUUCACUCCUUUACUUAAACGAUUUAUAAAAAAGAGUUUAAAUGGAAA